GAGGAGAAGUGCAGGUUUCCCCCUGAGUGACCUAAAAAAGCCUCUUCGAUAAGUUGACAUUUGAAAGGAGAUGCAGAUGACAAGAACAGGCCAAGGAUGGAGAAACACAGGGCAGAGUUUCCCAGGAACAAGCAAGUGCAAAGACUCUGAGGUUGCUAUGUAUUUGACAUUUGGGCUGUGCACUGGCGACCUCCUGUUUGCCAAGCCCAGGGCUAGCCACUGGAGAUGCCAAAACAUGUAAGAUGUUUGGCUUGCUCUCAAGAGUUCCUGGUCAAACACAGCCCAUGAGAAAAAAAAAAAAAAUCCAAGCAGUCCUUUGUCAUAUGGGGAUGGCGACACAUAAAGAAGAUGCCUUAUCAGCCCGAGUGUUGUGAUCAGCAAAGGCGAUUCAGGCAGGACACAGAGAGGGAAGCCUGGUUUCCAUGACACAGGGAGCUGGGACUCCAGGUCCCUGUGGUCUCGCGAGGACCCUGACCUUCUUCUUGGUUUGUUUCCACAGGACGAACGACCAGCUGGUGGCAUUUCUCUCCCGAUACCGAGAUAUGAAUUUCUUGAAGUCGCACGGCCGGGACAAUGCAAGGUUCAUCCGGAAGCAGGGCCUGGACCGGCUCUUCCUGGAGUGCGACGCCCACAUGUGGCGCCUGGGGGAUCGGCGGAUCCCGGAGGGCAUCGCGGUGGAUGGCGGCUCUGACUGGUUCCUCCUGAACCGGAAGUUCGUCGAGUACGUGACGUUCUCCACGGACGACCUGGUGACGAAGAUGAAGCAGUUCUACUCGUACACCCUGCUCCCCGCCGAGUCCUUCUUCCACACGGUCCUGGAGAACAGCCCCCACUGCGACACCAUGGUGGACAACAACCUGCGCAUCACCAACUGGAACCGCAAGCUGGGCUGCAAGUGCCAGUACAAGCACAUCGUGGACUGGUGCGGCUGCUCCCCCAACGACUUCAAGCCGCAGGACUUCCAUCGCUUCCAGCAGACCGCCCGGCCCACCUUCUUUGCGCGCAAGUUCGAAGCCGUGGUCAAUCAGGAGAUCAUCGGGCAGCUGGACUAUUACCUGUACGGCAACUACCCGGCGGGCACCCCCGGCCUCCGCUCCUACUGGGAGAACGUCUACGACGAGCCCGACGGCGUCCAGAGCCUGAGCGAUGUGGCGCUCACCCUGUACCACUCCUUCGCCCGCCUGGGGCUGCGCCGGGCAGAGGCAUCGCUGCACACGGAUGGGGAGAACAGUUGCAGGUACUACCCAAUGGGCCACCCCGCCUCCGUCCACCUCUACUUCCUUGCCGACCGCUUCCAGGGCUUUCUGGUCAAGCACCAUGCGACCAACCUGGCCGUGAGCAAACUGGAGACUCUAGAGACGUGGGUGAUGCCCAAGAAGGUCUUCAAGGUCGCCAGUCCUCCCAGUGACUUCGGGAGGCUUCAGUUUUCCGAGGUUGGCACCGACUGGGAUGCCAAGGAGCGGCUGUUCCGCAACUUUGGGGGCCUCCUGGGGCCCCUGGAUGAACCGGUGGGCAUGCAGAAGUGGGGCAAGGGGCCCAACGUGACCGUGACCGUCGUCUGGGUGGACCCUGUCAACAUCAUCGCCGCCACCUACGACAUCCUCAUCGAGUCCACUGCCGAGUUCACCCACUACAAGCCCCCUUUGAACUUGCCGCUGCGGCCUGGGGUCUGGACGGUGAAAAUCCUCCACCACUGGGUGCCCGUGGCAGAGACCAGGUUCCUGGUGGCGCCUCUGACCUUCUCCAACAGGCAGCCCAUCAAGCCAGAGGAGACCCUGAAGCUGCACAACGGGCCCCCGCGCAGUGCCUACAUGGAGCAGAGCUUCCAGAGCCUGAACCCGGUCCUCAGCCUGCCCAUCAGCCCCGCCCAGGUGGAGCAGGCUGGGAGGAACGCAGCGGCCACGGGCACGGCGCUGGAGGGCUGGCUGGACUCGCUGGUGGGCAGCAUGUGGGCCGCCAUGGACGUCUGUUCCACAGGCCCCACCGCCUGCCCCGUCAUGCAGUCCUGCAGCCACACAGCAUGGAGCUCCUUGAGCCCCGACCCCAAGUCGGAACUGGGGGCCGUCAAACCCGACGGCAGGCUCAGGUAGCACCGGGCACACGUGCGCCACGGUGGGAUCUCACUGGGAAAGCAGCCAGAGGGGCUGGUGGGUUCUCAGCCCUGGUGUCCCACGCAAGGGGCCCGGCUGGCUGCAGAGUGAUGGAGAAGGGAGGUCUGGAAGCCGGGGCAGGGUUGCCAACAACCUGCCACUGGUCAGCUGGGAGGCGGCUCUGUGCCGGCGGCGGUCUCACCUCUCGGGUCGAGCCUCAGGUCCUGCAGCUUCUCAUCUCCCCCGACCCCUCCCACCCCGGCCGACAAGUGAUUUCAAACUUCUGUUUCAAGCAGCAGCACUUUGGUGGCUCGGCGCAGAGGUAGGCAGAGGUCCAGGGUGCAGCUGAAGCCCGAGCUGCAGAGUGAGAGGUCCCCUCCCCCGGGCGCAGCCCACUGGGCCAUCUCCGCCAAGGGCGUCUGCUGAGGACCCUCUGCAGAACACAAGGGCUCCGUAAAAGCCAGUGUGACAGCACUGCCCAAGCCUCCAGCCCCAGCCCCAGCCCCAGCCUUCUGCUUCUCUUUCCGCUCCUCUCCAGCCAGCCCCGACGUCACAGGCCCCGGAAGCCCACGUCCUAGCCCUUUCCCAGGGAGGAGGCAGGCUCGCGAGGGCUCCAAGCCUCCCGUGAGUCCUUUGUGGGCUGAGCUGUCUGCGUAUCUAGAUGGGCAGGAAAACUUGCUGUGCCAUGGCCAAGGCCCCCCAGCAGGGUGGGUGGCCGGCCCACACUCCCCCUCCCCUGAGGCUGCCACACUUGGUAACAGAAAUGGGCUGAUGCUUCGAGACAGGAGCCUCGAGUCUCCCAAGCCAUUCGGGACCUCUUGGUUCCUGGAAGUCGGGAGCUUAGGGGACCAUGGCCGUGAGACUCGCAGACCUGCAGGGAACAGAGCUCCUGAGCUGGAUGCCAGGGCAAUACCCGGCACCCGCCGGGGCCCUUCCGUUCCGAGCUCAGGCAGGGAAGCCUCCGACUGGCACACUCGGGGCUGCUGGGAGUGACCACAGCGCUGGACCAGACGCGCCGCCUCCAGGAAGCUGCAUUGCAGGUCGGGUUUUUAAUUCCCUGCCCUUCUUUAUCGGAGCUGCCAGCCAGCCCAUCUGGACACCCGACGCGAACAGGAGGAGGCCGGGUCUCACAAACGGGGCAGCUUGUUUAAAAAUCAAAGCUCCUGUUAGUCACCGGGCUCCAGUUACCGGAAAUCGGGGUCGGGGGUGGGGGCUCUCCUUCCCGUGCUCCCCCUGGAGGCCCACCCUGCCUCCUGCCAUCCCACCUCCCUGGGAAAAGUCACACCCUGCUUGCCAGCUGUCCCCAUGGGUUGGAGGAAACUGCCCGCUGCCCCCGCCCAGCAAGGCGGGAUGGCCUGUUGGCCAUGGAGGACUUGGAGAAGGGACACUUUUGGUAUUUAUUAUUUCUCUGUUUUAGUCCAUGACUAAUUCGUAGGUGCUGUUUUCGCAGCUUGUCGAUUACGUUCUCUUACUAACUGAAGCUGCCUUUGUUCACAAAAGGCUCCCUCCCCUUUCUCCGUCUGUCUGCCCUGCACCCACCUUGUCCUCAGAGGAAAGCAGGGAUGUUGGACCCCAGGAGGAGAAAGCUUCGAACUGCGUCACCCACCGGCUGGAAGUAGGGAGCCCUUGGGACCCUUGGAGCCCCACUUUUCCUUCUGCAGGGCGGGGAUUCCUGAGCCACGCCCACCCCAGGCUCCGGGAUGUGCCAGGCGGGAGGCCCAAGGCAGGACUGUGUUGUGUGCAGGGCGCCUGAGCCAGCCCUGCGUGCUUCCUCCAGGGCUUCCUUUAGCCAAUCUCACUUUGGGCUUGGAAGUGACCGAGGCAGAGGAAAAGGGGCUCCUUCGGAGGGAGGUCCAUGGUAGGCAGAGGGGGAGACCCCGUGGGCACCGUCCAGGUGCAGGCUGCCAUCCACGGCAGGGCCAGUGACCUCAGAGCCCCCGGGAUGGUCUCACAGACUACAGGAACCCUGCCCUGGGGGCCACAUCCUCUUUCUGCCCCCAGUGUCCCUGGGCUGCUGUAGCCGCAUGGACAGCCUUUCCUUCCACCUUCCUUGCCUGGCCUCUGGGGGCGCCCUGCGUGUGCUGGGGGCUGCACAUCCCCAUACAGGGCCCUCGCCCUUGAACAUCUUACUUUUUCCCACCCAGAAACCAGAGCAGAAAUGACAGAGCCAGCUUCCUCUGGGGACCACCCCCCCCAAACCUCCCCCCAUCGACUCCUCCUCCUCCCAAGUGAUUCCAGAGCUAAGUCACGUGGGCGUUCCUUUGUCUCCUGUAUUUUGGGACCAGAGAAUAAUUUUGCAGAUUUCUAUUUGGUUAAACAAAGAGAAUUCCAAGCACAGCCCCCUGUGAUGUGAGACAGGGAGAGCCUUUCCCUGGGAGAGGAUACUGUAACUCCUUUUAUUUUGUGCCCCACCCCCACCCCCAGUAUGAGAAGGAUUUAUCGGAGGCCAUCAUUCAGGCAGCCUGGAGCUGUGGCGGCCCCAGGAUUCCGAGGGCACAGAGCCGAGGUCGCUGCAGGCCACAAGGCCGUGUGCGGAGUGGCAGCAGGGCAGGCUCAGUGCGGACUAGGUCCCCGGGAGCUCAAAAGGCGUGGAGGUAGGACUGGGGGGUAGAUAUCUGGGGUUGGGGGAGGAAGCGCCCAUGGGCUGGGCACAGUUCCCCACCCAGCCCAUAAUUCUAAGGCAGAAACGGAGCUCUGCACGUGGCCAGGCCCAGCCCUGCUGCCCAGCACCCUGGGUUUAAGAAGUACACUAGGUCCUCCUCUUGGAAAAAGACCUCCUGGUGGGACCAGGGCUCAGGCUGGCUUGAUUUCCUAUCGUCAGUUUCACUUUUAAAAUGCCACAUGAGAGAGAGCACACAGUCCCCCACCCCAGAGGGGCAGCUUACAGCUCCUCUGGGCACCUGUGUGGCGUGGCAGGUGGGGCCCCUGUGCCCUCUGGUUGUCUGCUUUGCAGAUAAGAGGUGGACACAGGCUGAAACGCUGGCCUCGUGGCUGAGCAGGCACCAGGCAGACAGCAGCAGCAGCUGGGUGUGGGGCCCAGCCAAGUUCACUACGGGGUGGGGGGACGUGCAGGCGGUGGUCCGCCUACUCAGCCUUCGGGAUGGCGAGGAGGGCCUUACAGACCAAAGCCACACCCUGUGGCAGCUGGGUCCUGGAUGCAAGCCUGUGCCUGGUCCAGCACCCGCUGUCCCCGGGUGUGAGUCCAAGUCCAGUGCGGUACAGACUUCCACUUUGGAAAAGGGAGCCAUGGACCCAGGUUUUUGUGGGAAAUCUAGAUGUUCAGUGUUGGCUAUUUAAAAAAACCAAGAUUACGGAUGAAGAAACAUUUCCUAGUUCCCCCUGGGCACUGCCAGCGACCUCUGUCCUCUGGGGACGGGGAGUUCAGGGGCUGCCCUGGCGGGAGAGGAAGAAGCUGGCAUUAGGGCAGGGUAAAAAAGGAUGGCUCACAUGGGACUGGCCCCUCCCCUCCCGGAGACGGCCCCACAGAGGGGACGCUCGUGGUCAGCUCUCCUGCUCCCAGGACACCUGGUGCUAAGCAGAAGGAGCAAGACUGGGGGUGCUAAGCUGCUGCUGCUUAGACACGCAGAGGUUCAUGACUGCCUGGGUCUACACCGUCAUGCCGGGCAGACGAGGUGAGGACAGGGUCCAGGAGGGCCGGGGUAGGGCGAGAGGCAGCUGGGCCCGCUCCAAAGCCCAAGUCUUGGCUGCACCUUCCAACCCGUGCAGCCUCUGCGUGAGCCGCACGGGGCUGUCCUCGCUCAUGGGUCUGCCUCAUGGGUCUACCACAGACGCUACCUCACUGUGUCUGCUGAGACGUUUACCUGGGGGGAGAGAGGUGUCCAGAUCCGCUGGGGCUGAAUGUACGAUCUAUGCAAACCCCCGCCCCAUCUCUGUCUCCCUUUCCUCCUCCCCCCUUCUCUCAGAAGUAUUUCUUUCUGUAACCUUGCAAACGGGAUGCUGUACAGGACCCUCUGGGACAGGAGGGCUUCCCACGCCUGUGUGUUUCCCUCCUGCGGUCCUUGCUUCUGUUCUCGCCGAGCCCGUGUCGGGAGAAAGCGGCCUCUUCUCUCUCCACUUGGCUGGGGAAUCCUCCCCCCACCUCUUCCCAGGCACCACCGGGAAGCAGGUGCUGCCCCCUUGCGCCACCCACCCCCAUGAUCACCGUGUUCUCCAUUCUUCAUUCCCUUCCCACUUGCUUCCCCCCAAUCCUUCGCGCCCACGCCCCCCAAAAAGCCUUAGGUUCCUCCUUUUUGAAAUGUGGCCUUACGAUUAUUUUCUGGAAGCCGACCGUCCUCCCUGUCCCAUCCCCACCAAUGUCACAGAAGACAGAGCACCCGCGAGCCCGUGGGCAGCCCUUGGCACCAAGGUCUUCCGUAGGAGAAAUGGGCUUCUGGCCUUUCCUAUGGGCAAAACGAAGGCGUGGGUGCUCCAGGGAACCGCAGCCAGCGCCCGCAGCCUUCUCUGAGCCCGUGGGGCCGCUGGGACAAGCUGGGCGCUCACAGCGGCUCCCCGACCUGCCCCUCCCCUGUGACUGGGUGAGUCAGGAGAGGCUCUCGGUCCAUCUCUUCCUCCUUCCCACCUGGAACGCGCUGGCGGUACGUAUCCCCGUGAAGGGUCGUGUUCUCAACACGAGCACCCCACCCCACCUCCGGACGACACCUCCUUACCCUCCUAUCGCUCAGUGUUGAUGGAGGCCAAAGACAACCCCAGGGUUUUCAUAGGAAAUUCACUGGAAUUGAGCGCAAUUGUCUUUGUAGUCCCUUCGUCUUAUUUUUUUUAAUUUUUUAAAGAUAACAAUUACGUUGUCGAUAGCGUUUAUUUGGGUACUUGUUAGAGAGGCCUCACAAUAAGUUAUUGCCCCCUUCAUUGUUCUCAAAGACAUGUGGUGAUAUAGUUUUUAAAAAUAACUAUUUUGUUAUAGAUCAUAAUAUGCAUAAAACUGUACAGAAAUAUUUUGUAAUGUAUUGAUUUUAAAAAAAGAAUCUGUAAAUAAAGUUUUAAAAGAGAGAGAAUGAAUUCAAAUGGCACACUCUGAAAGAUGUAGAUAUUUUGCUAUUUAUUUAAAGGAGUAUUUUAAGAGAUAUUGGACUAUCUGAAAUUAACCAACACUCAAAGUUCCAAGCACCCAGAUACUUCUCCUCCAGGUAGAAUGUGUGGGUCUCAGAAACAACUGUGUAACCUGCCCAUUUUUUGCACCUUUUCUGUCUUUUCAUUUAGCAGGAAAACAACAACAACAACAAAAUUGUGCCUUAGCUGUAUUUUUUUGUCUAGGGGAGUUUGUUUCUGUCCGACAAAGCAAAAUUUUUGCAGAAAACAGUGGAUGUAUUAAAUACUGUAUCAUACCAAAAACA